AGUGCCAGGGCUGCGCUGGCCAUGGCUGGGUCUGGGCUGGAGCUGGUGGGGCUGGCCCUCCACGCCGCCUCCUUCCUCUGCGGGGUCAUCUGCGCCUCUGCCCUGACCGUCACCCAGGGUGAGUUUGGGGGCCGGUGCAUCCUCUACGGUUCGGUGGUCAACAACGGGAGCCUCGUCUUAAGUGCCACCAGCCCAGCCUCCCUCUGCAACUUCGUCUCAACCGUCUCCAUCCUGACCGCCAUCUUGUCCUUUGUGGCCCUGCUCCGGGGCAUCUACCGCUCCUGCUUUGGCAACGGACACCCACUGGACGGCGUGUGGGUCAAAGGCUCCUUGUCCGUCUCGGCCGUCGUCCUCUUCUUCUUGAUGGUCUCGGCGUGCAUCCUCCGGGUCGGCAUGGACGCCUUCUGCACCUCCAUCCACCAAGCCGUAGCCGCCAUCAGCUGUCAAGAAGCUCAGCACCAGCCCUGGGUCUCUCCUUACCACAGCGAAAGAUUUUACGACAACCUCUACACCGCGGAGGCAGCUGCUUGGGUCAAUUUCUUCUUCUGGUGCCUGAUGUCGGUGAUGGUCUUCAUGGAGUGGUUCAGCAAAGCCCCAUCUGGACCACUCCGGGGCAGUGGCCUGUCACGAACUGAAGAGACGGACCCCAUCUUUGGAGCAGGACCUCUCAGACCUUGACAAUGAGGCCACCAAGAUGGUGGUGGAUGGUCAUCAUCACUCCUUGGAAGUCCUUUCCGUAUUACCUCCCGUUCUCCCCGUAAGAGGACAGCUUUCUCUCUCUCAAGAAAUGGCUGCCUCUCUGGAUCAAGAGGGCAAAAGCUUUCCAAGGGAGCCUCCAUCAAUGUCUGAGACUCCAAUGCUUUCUAUAACAAAAUGGUGGGACUGUGAAGACUGCUGCUAACUCCUCUCCAGACCCCCCCCCCCCCCC